ACUUUUCUUGACUUGCAUCUCCGAGUAUACGAUAGUCGUUACGCUCGAGUCGUCCGUUUCGCACGAUUUGCAGGCGAGAACGCAUUUUCUAAUAUUCGAAUACCAGAACAGUCUAGCGGAACGUCGUAGCGGAUAUUGAUAUGAAGGAAAAAAUCGACAGCAUCGAAUAUGUUGCAGCACAUAUGAAAACCAAACAAGUUUCUAACGAUAAGGAUGAUGAUCAUGUUGAUUCUGAUGCGAAUGUGGACGCCGUACAGAUCGCGAUCGGCAAUCUCGGCAGGUGGCAAAUCAUCGUCUGUUUGGCCAUUUCUCUGGUCAAAUUUCCGGUAGCGUGGCAUCAAUUAGCAAUCGUUUUUAUGGCGCCUCAUCAAAGUUACAAUUGCACGGAGCCUGCUGCGGAUGAAUAUUCCAAGGAUCAAUGCAUGGUCCAUCUUAACGGUACGCUGAUAAAAUGCGCGGAAUGGAAGUACGAUAGAAAAAUAUUUCCCGAGACCAUCAUAUCACAGUGGAAUCUGGUCUGUGAUCGAACGCAUUAUGCGAACGUUCAACAGUCUAUUCUUAUGUUUGGAGUGCUUCUUGGUAACAUAAUCUUCGGCAGUUUAGCAGACAGAUUUGGCAGAAAAACGCCGCUGAUGGUUUCUGUUAUUCUCCAACUUUUAUCAGGUAUUGGAUGCGCCGUGGUACCUUGGUUUCACGCAUUAUUGCUGAUGAAAUUGUUAAGUGCCUUAGCUACUGGAGGUACAAUGGUCACUAGUUACGUUAUAUGUAUGGAAAUAGUAGGUACAAAAUGGCGUGCCGCUAUCACCGUUUUAUAUCAAAUUCCAUUCAGUUUAGGCCACAUGUCGCUAGCAGGACUCGCGUUUUGGUUUCGACAUUGGCAACAAUUACAGAUUGCCAUCACACUUCCAUCUAUUAUUCUUUUAAGUUAUUGGUGGAUAGUGCCUGAAUCACCUAGAUGGUUAUUAGCUAUGGGAAAACAAAGAAAAGCAUGCGAGAUAUUACAGGAAGCAGCCAAUACUAAUAAAGUGAAAAAUGUGGACAUUCCCGAAGUAGUUAGGAAACAUUGUCUGCACCAAAUUUUUAAGAGAUCUACGCUGGAUGACAAAGCUUCAUUUUUCAAUUUGUCUCGCACGCCAAAUAUGCGAGUGAAAUCGCUCUCUAUUUUCUUUAAUUGGAUCGUUUGCGGAAUGGGUUUGUUUGGCAUAUCACAAUACAUUGGCCAAGUUGGUGGCGAUAUUUUCAUUAAUUUCGCAGUAUCCGGUGCUAUACAGAUUCCUGGAAACUUUGUCGCAUGGUGGGCAAUGAACAGAUUGGGUCGACGGAUUACUCUGAUCUGCAGCAAUUCUAUAAGUGGCAUAGCCUGUCUAUUCUUAAUCAUCGUAUCAAACAAUAUGGCAUGGUUAAGAUUGCUUCUAGCGUGUCUCGGUAUUGUUGGCAUGUCGGUGUCGUUUACAACAGUCUAUCUUUUCUCUGGAGAAUUAUUUCCUACAGUCGUGAGAAACAUUGGAGUAGGUGCGAGCAGUAUGUGCGCUAGAGUAGGCUCUAUUGUAGCACCUUUCGUGGUAUCUCUGAAUUAUAUCGAAGCAUGGUUACCACCUACUAUAUUCGGAAUUUUACCAUUAAUUGGAGCUGCAUUAUGCCUAUUAUUGCCUGAAACUGCUGGAUGUACACUACCGGAAACGCUUCAAGAUGGCGAAGAAUUCGGAAAGAAACGUAAAACAAAAGAGAAACAUGGAGAUUUCGAAGCAGAGGGGACAUUCUAAAGAAAAACUGCCGUCAUAACGAUGUCUUGUAUAUUUCUACGUGCAAAGCAUACACGUGUGCACACGCAUACAUUAUCAAAUUGUAAUAACACGAAUGCUGUUGAUUAUGAUCCAUGUAUUCAAUCUCUUAUGCACAUAUUUAGAAGUUCUAUUUAUUUCAUUACUUUAUUAACAAAUUCUAAAAUCCUUCAUUUUAUCACAUUGCUAAUUCAUAUUUUUCAUGAUAUUAUUAUAUGAUAUAAUUUAAACUUGAUAUCUUAGAAAGUAUAUAAACAAUAAAAAAUAUUUUUAGAAA